AUGGAUGGCACAGCAGAGGUACAGGUAGACACCACCUGCAUUCUUGCACGGACGACGGCACAGCAGAGGAACAGCUGGGCAGUACACGCGUCCUCGCCUCCGUGUCAGUCAGCCACUUUCACGCUGCCCUUCCCCUCGUCUCUCUAUCCUGCUCCUCUCAUCAUCCCCCAUGCCCCAUUUACCAGGGAUGACGGCACAGCAGAGGUGCAGCUGGGCAGCACGCGCGUCCUGGCGUCAGUCUCAGCAGCGCUCACGCUGCCCUUCCCCGACCGCCCCAACGAAGGCUCCCUGGCCGUCUUCACAGAGCUCGCCCCCAUGGCUGACCCGCGUUUUGUGCCUGGGCGGCCGGGGGAGGAUGCGAUUGAAUUGGGGCGCAUCAUUGACCGCGGGCUCAGCUCGGCCCUGGCUGAUCCCCGCUUCGUGCCUGGCCGCCCGCGCCCGGGGGAGGAUGUGAGUGAGCUGGGGCGCCUCAUUGACCGUGGACUGAGGGAGAGCCAUGCAGUGGACACGGAGUCGCUGUGUGUGGUGGCGGGGAGGGCAGCAUGGGCGCUCAGACUGGAUAUCCGAGUUAUGGACAAUGAUGGCAACCUGGUGGAUGCGUGCUGUCUAGCAGCAGUGGCAGCGCUGCUGGCGUUCCGCCGGCCAGAAGUGACAGUGGGGGGGGACGAUGGCAUGCAAGUGGUGGUGCACUCAGUGGAGGAGCAUGACCCCAUACUGCUCACGGUGCACAACCUGCCUCUCGCUGUCACCUUCACCUUCAUCUACCCACCCUCUGCCUCUCUGCUCUCCUCUGCUCCCCCCCUCACAACCACCCCCCUCCCCCCCCAGGAGCGCGACCCCAUACCCCUCACAGUGCACAACCUGCCCCUUGCUGUCACCUUUGCAUACUUCAACGAUGGCAAUGACGUGGUGCGUGAUGGGUGUGCCAUGAGUGGUCAUGGAUUCCAGUUUAAGGAGGAGGCAGCGCAACAAGGAAGGUGCACAGUGCUGGUGAACGCAGUGGGGGAUGUGUGCAGCAUGCAGAAGGGCGGGGGCGUUGGGGUCAUGGAUCCCAGCUACAAGGAGGAGGCAGCCCAGGCGGGGAGGUGCACAGUGCUGGUGAAUGCGGUGGGGGGUGUGUGCAGCGUGCAGAAGGGCGGGGGUGUCGGGGUGUCACUCCCCCAGCUCAUGCGCUGCUGCCGUGUCGCUGCCUCUGUGGCCCAACACAUGAUCAAAACGCUCACUGAUAAGGUGGCAGCACUGGCAGGAGAGCGGCAGCGGAGGAAAGUGAAGCGACAUGCCUCCCCUGCUGCCGGUGCAGCAGCACCAGUGGGAUUGGACACAGUGGCAGGGGGCGCAGAGGGGGCAGGGGGGCUGAAGGGGGGUGUGAUUGGUGCGGCGGAGAUUGCUGCCGUGCAGAGGAAAGGAGGGGGCGUGCGGGCAGGGCAGGCAGGUGGUGAUGGUGAUGGUGGGAGGGUGAAGGAAGAGCAGAUGGAGGAAGAUGAAGGGGAGGAGGGGGAGGAAGGGGAGGAGGAAUCAAGUGAUGGGGAGGAUGGUGAGGACGAAGAGGAAGAGGGUGAGGGGGAUGGGGGGAGAGGGGGAGCAGCAGGAGGGGGUGUGGAUGCACUCUUCGAAGGAGGGGUGUCAUCGUGGUUGCAAGAGGAGGGUGACGACAAGAAGAGCAACAAGGGAGCAACAGCAGGUGACGCCUCCUCUCAUGCUCCUCUCAUCCUCCUCUCAUCCUCCUCUCAUACUCCUCUCAUCCUCCUCUCAUACUCCUCUCAUCCUCCUCUCAUGCUCCUCUCAUCCUCCUCUCAUCCUCCUCUCAUACUCCUCUCAUCCUCCUCUCGUACUCCUCUCAUCCUCCUCUCAUGCUCCUCUCAUGCUCCUCUCAUACACCUCUCGUCCUGCACCAUCCCAGCCCGGUUGGGAUCAGAGCGAGACGCCAUCGCCAACCCUGUCCACACCCGCCUGGGAUCGGAACUAGACGCCAUCGCCGACCUGCUGCCAUCCACUGCCGCCCCUCCUGCCCCUGCCUCCAAGGCCUCUGCCGCCCGGGCCGUGCCAGCUGCUGGGAAAGGUGAAGGGGAAUUGCCAGCGGCAGCGGCAGCGGGAGGUGCAGGGAGCAGGGUGAAGGAGGAGUCUCUCACACUGGCUGAUGCCGUGAAGAAGCCGAAGAAGAAAAAGAAGAGCAAGGCAGAGCAUUGA